UAUUGCAAACAAGAACAUAGGACAAAUUGUCACAAAUAUCAUUUUUUUAAUAGAUUUAGGCGUUAGCUCUAUUGUUCUAGACUAGUAUAGAUCUAUACGACAUCUAGAUCUAUACUAGAUAAGAAGAUCUAGAUUUAUAUGAUAUAUCUGCUUAAACACUUCAUCAAGAUCUUCGUAUUAAUUUAUAUAUUUUUAUAUCUAGACCUAAGACUAGACUCGGUCUCAGGAACCGUCACUCUAGAAUAGAUACUCUAAGAUACUCUAGAAGUAGAUAAUCAUAAUAAUCUAAAUCUUCAAUCAAUGAAUCAUACUUCAACUUCAAUGAAUCAAUCUAGAUCAGACGUUAACAAUAAAAAUAACUUCUAAGACUUAGACUUAACAUCCAAGACUCUAUACUCUGUUGACACCUGCUAUUCUUUAAAAACUAUUUCCACUGUCAUUCUUGCUUGACAAUAUUAUUUUGUGUCUAAGAAACACCACAAGUGGGCUAUCGUUGACCCCACUCCUUCUGACUUGUUUGUCACCAUAUAGUAUCGGUAGACCUUGGCUGCUAGACAGAGAGUCUCAAGUUCAAAAUUGGGCAGAGAAAAUGUCUUCGAAGGAAUCAGUUCUAGGAUGUCCCAAUAACUCGUCUGUAACACAUGAAGAGUCUGUACUGGAACACUAUUUCCAGCUGCUGAGUCAAUCCAACUUUGACAAGGCCAAAGAACUAGUGGACAAUGAGAAAGAUGGUCAUAAGUUUAGUACUGCUGCAUCCUGGGGAGAAACUCUCCAAUGUCUGUCCCAGCUGGCCACUGCUGAGAGGAGCUAUUGCAAUCUAGUAUUUUUAGGGCAGAAGAGGUUCACUCAGAUUGUGCGCUCCAAAGAUAGUGCCAAGUCUAUCUACUCUAUGCUUCUGCAAGAAUUUCAGCGCAUGGAAACGUUUCUGUUGCCCCAUGGUGAUAGGGAGAGAAGUAGCUCAGCAGAAACUGACAAGCUUUUGGCUCACAUCAGUGGACAGUUGUCUUUCUUUGUUCGGGGCAGGCUAAAAAUGAUUGAGUUUUUUGAACAGCUCUCCAGCCUUGGGAGUCUGAAACAGUGGAUGAACUUUGAAGAUCUAGUCAUGAUUUUAGAAGAAAUUGUAAAAGAUCAUAUGAAAGGAUUUCAUCAUCCGUUGGUGGUCUCAUUAAAAACUGUAUUUUGUCUAGAGUGUGAGAGUCUCUGUCACAUGCUUAAUGCUCAGAUUAAAAUCUCCUCUUGGAACUUCCUUCAAGCUACUAUGGAGCUCUACCAAGCCCAUGCCAAACUGAAUGAAUGGGGAUCAAAGAUACCUAUUAAAGAAGUAGCUCUUCAUAUUCCUCAGGUAAAAUCUACAUUUGGGAGAUCAUCAAGCAAAAGUAGUCCCUAUCCACCUAUUUAUACCUGGAUGUACAAACUGAAAGGUCACCUGCUUUCUAAGUUUGGUAUAUACUUUUAUGGUGUCCUGGGCAAGCAGACAAUUCCAAUUGAAUUGAAAGCAAACCUUUCUAAAGCACCUGAAGACAUUUUUAACAGAAUUCAAGCUUUCCACAAAAAAUCAGAUGCCUCCAAUAUAUAUCUUAUACUUGAUACUCAAAAUCUUCAAUGCCCAGUUGGAGAUGGUGGAUACCAUCAUCCUCAAAAAUAUGUUGAAGAACGAGUCGGAUUGGCCAGUUACCAGCCCAUAUUUUCAUUCCCUGGUGAGAGAUCUAUCUAUCAACCACAUUGGCCUAACAUAAUCAUGUUGGUGGACCAUUCCAGGGAUCAAAUAGACAAAAUUUAUUUCUUUAUGGAAAAGAGACCUCAAAGCUCCUAUUUCAUCUCUCAAAUUGAGCCUAAAAUAUUUCUGGUUGUCAUCUUUGAAGGCAAGAAGAAUGAAAAGGACUCUGGCAUCAACACAUUCAUGUUGGACUUGAGCUCACAGCUUAGGUGCCAGACCAUCAUGUCAUCAUUAAAGAACUUUGCUCGCUCAUAAAUACUCAAGAUUGAUAUUGCAAUGCAAUGCCAACUUCGCUUAAUUUGUAAUUUUUUACACAUUUUUUAGAUCAACUCACUCAAAAAAAGUUUGUACACGUCAUUUUUCCCACACUCAAUUUUUGGAUCAAGCUGAAAUUUUGCACAAUUAUUUCUUUUACCUAAAAAUAUAAUAAUAAUUUUAAAAGUUAACGAAUUAGGUAACUAUUGGUAAUUAUUUUGUUUCGUAUUUCUAGCAAGGGACAGAAAUGGAUGUAGAGGUAUAAGUUGAAUUAGCCCCCUUUAUAGGUUGCUGCUUCAAAGUUUGAAGCUUAUAACAGAUAACUAUAAAUCCUUCUUUGUUCAUAAGCGAUUCGCUGGUAGAGUGAAUAAGGUUUUGGCUUGAGGAGGCCUUAGCCCACGAGCUCAAAUUCCGGUCAAUCAUUUUUAUAUAUUUUUUUUUAUAAAUGCAUUUAAUAAUCACCCAGAUAGCCCCUCUCUCUCUCUCACCCUCUCUCUUUCUCUCUUCCCCUCUCUUGUUUUGUUUUUCAUUUCUUUUUAUUUUCUUGAUUUCAACCAUUACUACAUGUUUUUGUUUAUAUGUCAAAUACUAUGGCAAAUAAUGUCAUUGUGAUAUUAUUUCAUAUUAAUGUGCAUUUAGAAUUAUUUAAUGGACAUACUAUAAAUAUAUAAUUUGUUUAUAAAAAAAGAUUUUAUACUAAUUAAAAAAGUAUUAUUAUUUUCA